CCUUCUGUUCCGAUCUGGCCACAUCCUUGUCGACACCGCAGGGGUGUGUCCAGUUCCUUUACUCAUCAUGGAUCUCCCUAAUUCCACGUGUGGAAACGUCAACACAUCUGUGCCACAGAAGCUCAGUGCCAGAAUAUUCAGUGUGUUCUCAUUCCCUCUCCCCUGCGUCCAAGCAGCUGAAAGUGCCCCUCUGCCCGCAGUCAUAGGCAAACCAGAGUUUCCUGACACGGGCUGGGACCGCAUCAAAGAUCUCUUUGACACCAGCGAUGGGCAGAAGUAUUCGGAGGAGGUAAGGAACGUGAUGAAGAGCAGCCUGACGGCAGCGUUGUUAGGGCUGGUGUACGGCGGGGUGCCUGGAGCUCGACACGCUCGCCAGCGCUUCAUCCAGCUCAGCCAGGCCGAGGUGUACAGCAGCCGCGUUGAAGCUGUGCGUUCAGCACAUAAUGCUGCGAUUAGGGGCUUCCUGCGCUAUGGCUGGAGGUGGAGCUGGAGGGUAGCUGCUUUUGUCACGCUCUUCAACACUGUGAGCACAGGCCUGUGUGUGUACACAGACCAAAAUUCUCUGGGUUACUAUGCAGCAGCUGGAGCUGUGACGGGAGGAUUGUUCAGGUUGAGUUUGGGUCCAGCGGGGAUGCUGGCCGGAUCAGUCAUUGGUGGACUGCUGGGGUUGCCAGCAGGUGCGCUGAUUGCGGGCGCGCAGAAGCUUGGUGGGGAGACUCUUCGAGAGAAGAGGAGGAGAGAGCGCAGGGAGCUCUAUGACCUCAAGGUGGCAGAGUGGUCUGCUCGGCUCCAGCUCACGGAUGAUGUGGACGGCGAGAUCAGUGAGCUCGUGAAGGACCCAGCCUCUGACCAGAAGAGGAUUAGCGAAUUACUAAACCUCCCCAGGAAUAAACCUGCAGCCCCUGAACCCACGGCCCAAUGAGUAUGGCCAUGAGUAACUUCUUACAGACUGAAUAAAAAUGUCUGAGAAGAGGCUUCAUUCAUCAUGUGGAAACAAACAUGCAAUAUUAUAGAGGUGUGUCUGAGCCGGACUAACGGAAGAGAACUCACACAGAGACCUUAAACUUUAAAGGAUAUGAUGUCCAUGGCUCAUUCUAAACCUCCUCACAUAUCAAGGUCACAGGGGUGUCCUUGGCUGUCAACUGUGCUGGACUUCAGUGUUUGUAAAGGUGACUGUAUGAAAUGAACAUUGUCAGUGUGAGAGGAGAUGACCUGUCCUGUCACAGUCCUUUUUCUCAUCUGAAAUGUCACUACCCUGAAAAUUCGAAGAGGACUAAAGAAUGAUUGAGCUCAAUAAGAUGUGUGAAUGAAUAGUAUUUUGCCAAUAAUACAUGCCCAGAACAUACAUGCAAAUAAAUACAUUGUUUAAAAUACA